GGGUCCUCCAUGUACCUCAGUGGAGCAGAUUAAUCUUCCUAGCAAGCUGCAAUGUCAAGCAAAGUAGCCUCUCAAAUCUCAUGCCCACCCACCAGGAGAAAAAGAGGAAGAAGAAGGAAAAAGCAGAAGAGAUUUUGAAAAGGGGAGAAAAAAAGUGUCCAUAGCAUCAUCAUCACAGCAUCAAUUCAUCUUUCCUCUUCAUUCAAUCACACUUCAUACCCACUACCGGCCAGCACCAACUCCUAAGGUUGCAGCAGCAGCAGCACCACCACCACCACCACCAUUCAACAGAACUUGCUUAGUCAUCUGAAGAAUAUAGAAGAAAGUUGAAAGGGAAUUUUCAGGGGACCUGACAACAAUAUACUGCAUAAUUACUUUGUUUAGGAUGGAAUCUUUUAAUGAAACAUCUGGGUUCCGUUACAAUCCUAGCUCUGAAGCAAUGGUAGACCUAGAUGGAGAUAGGGAGUUCUCUGGCCUUCUUGAGAUAUUUGUUCAUCAUGCCAGGAACAUACACAACAUUUGUAUCUAUAACAAACAAGAUGUGUAUGCAAAAUUUUCCCUUACUUACAGUCCUGAUGAGACACUGUCAACUAGGAUCAUAAAUGGAGGUGGGAAGAACCCUGAAUUCAAUGAAAAUUUGAGGAUGAAAAUAACCCAACUGGAUGCAGUCCUCAAAUGUGAGAUUUGGAUGCUCAGUAGAGCCAGGAAUUAUAUGGAAGACCAGUUGUUGGGAUUUACCCUUGUCCCAAUGUCGUUGGUGGCAGGGAAAGGUAAGGUGUCCCAAGAUUUCACCCUUUCCUCCACUGAUCUCUUCCAUUCACCGGCUGGAACUGUCAAGAUGACUCUGUUUCUUGACACAUCUCUGCCUGUUAAUUCGUCUGCCAAGUCCUUCUCUGAUUCACCUACUAAUUCAUCCAUAAGUUCAGAGGUUGUGUUAUUGGAUCCCAAGAAUUCUGAGGAAUUGGACCCAGUUGAAUAUGGGAGAAUUGAAUUUCCUGAUAUCAAUGUGGUGAAGGAGAAUCAGAAGAUGGUUUCUGAGUAUUUCAACAUAGCAGAUCAUAGUGCUGCUUCAAGGCUUAGUGUGGUAGGACCUGCUUCCUUUCUUCAUCUUGGUGCUUGUAGUGAGUCGGUAGAUGACUAUGACAUGACUGUAAAUUCUUCAGAGGAGAAUUAUGGUGGAUCCAUUUCUCCAAGUGGAAGCAAACAAAAUUCCGGUUUCUUUUCAACGACAACCAGCUUAAGUGACGACAGGAACUCAGUUGACUCAAUGGAGAAAAAGAGUCAUGUUGCCAGUGAUAUACCUAAUUCAAAUGUUGAGGCUCAUCAGAUCUCCCGGGCUUCUCCGGAUACGCCAACGUCGAAGAAAGGGAUUGAUAGAGAGGAGAAAGAGGCCAGUUUCACAAGCAAGGAAGAGGAGGAUGGAUCCAAAGAUAAUCUGCAUCCUGUGGAGUUGGGUCCAGCUUUUACAGCUCCACUUGGGAACAUCAACCUCGAGGCUGAGCAGAAUGCAAUGCAGAGGCAGAUAGUUGAUAUGUAUAUGAGAAGCAUGCAACAGUUUACAGAAUCAUUGGAAAAGAUGAAGCUCCCAAUGGAUCUUGAUAAACUGGAACCUGACAAGAAUGGUGUUGUUAUUCAUACUCAUAACAAGAAUCUGGAAACCGAUAAAAAGAAAAAGGAUGGCUCAAGGGUAUUCUAUGGUAGCAGAGCUUUCUUCUAAAUGGUUCUUUACUAAUGUUACAGGGUCGAAAGCAUUAAGUCCUCUAUCGACCUCUUCAUUGCGGCUUACCAGUCUUCUUACGCUUUUCUCUCUGUGGCAUUACCAACGGAAAAAGAGUAAGAAAAAGAAGAUGAGAAAUGUAUAAUCAUGUGCAUACAAAAGCACGGUUUUCUGUCUUGGUAAUCCACGUAUCUGUUCAACUAUUUAUAUUUAUCCCGUGACAGCAAUGCACUAGCAAUGUAAUUGUUUUUCUGUGUUUAUCCUUUGAAAUUAUGAGUUUUUAGAUUGUUCGUAAUCCUCAUAUUCCAAGUCAGUCUGAAAACUUGACAAUGGAACAGGUGUACCAAAGCAGAGGCCAAAAUGUUUAUAUUAUGUGAUAACAGAUACUGCUGAUUACCUUACAACACUGCAAUUUUUGGCUAAUUUCUACUGCCUUUCAUUUUUUGGUCAAGUUUAGUAUGGUUGACAUGUCAGACAAGUGAAAAUCAAGCCAUCCCUUAUUUACUUCUCACUAUAAUGCAACUGAACUUGGAAAGCUUUACUAGAUAAUACAAAUAGUACAAGAAUAUAAACUUACAGAGCUGAGCAUGAUAAGAUCUACAAUUUCUGCCCUUGACAUUGGUAAUCCAUAAUGCAAUGGAAGAACUCUGCCCCAUGCAUGUUAGAAUCAUCUAGCCGGUUAUAUUUUUCACAUGAAGAUCACUGCAAAGCUUCAAUAGCUGAAUGUUCUGAUGAUUGGUUGUAGCUGUAUAUAGAUAUAACAAACAAACAUUUACAAGCAGCUCUUAUUCAUUACAUGGAUGCUCUGCAGUUAUAUGAUACCCAAUUCUUCAAGAACUUGUAUGAGUCUAUUAGAGGUGGACAAUCUUGGAAUGGUGGUUUCAUGAUGAUGUAUGCCUGCAGAAACUUUACUAGCCUCAUCCAGGACCCUCUUCUUCUUCUUUGUUUUUCUUGGCUGUUGGCAUGGUAUGGUAAUGCUUUGUCCAUUGGGUUCCAGCAUAUCCCUUCGUCCCAGGCUUCCAGGUCAAGAAUCAUGGCACGCCAUGCGGUUAGGUCCUCCAUUGUCAUCUUAUCAAGAACUAGAUUGUGUUUUUUUCAUGUACCCAGAGUUGGUGGGCAAGUUCACCAAGCUGCUUGUGAUGAAUAUGUCUGAUUCAGUAUGGUGACUCCAUUAAAUGAUCUAAGUAUUCAUCUGCUUCAGCAACACACACAGUCAAGGAUGAAGAGUUCCAGAGAAUUGUUGCUUUUGCUGUUAUAAAAACUGAAGAUUAUAUGAGUUCAUUAAAACAGGUCAUCGGAAAGUUAGUCAUCUAAAGAAUGGUUCUGCAGCUGUCCAAACUUGAUCGCAAGACAUGUUAGUGCUUCUCCAAUUUAAAUGUUGCCUUUUGAUCAUAAAAGUGACAUUAUGGCUUCAUUUCAAUCCAUCUGCAACUUCAUGAAAGAAGACAUUUGCUUCUGCAAUGCCCUGAUAUGCAUUUGAACAA